AUGACUAUAGCUCUUCACGAAAUCCUUAAAAAACGUAUCCUUGAUGCAAUAAAAUCAGUUCAACCGCCUGGUGGUUGGAAGGUAGUAGUGGUAGAUGAAGCAUCACUAAAGAUAAUAGAGUCUGCUUGUAAAAUGUUUGAUAUUCUUGAAGAGAAAGUAACUUCGGUAGAAAAUCUUGAAAAGCCCCGUCAAGCUUAUCAAUCACUUGAUGCGGUUUAUAUAAUUACCCCAACUUACGAGUCUAUUAAUAAAGUGAUUGAAGAUUUUAAAAGCAAUGUGACGCCAUUGUAUGCUCAUAUUCAUUUAUUUUUCGUAUCAAAUUCUGCUUUACCGAGGGAUUACUUGAUAAAACGUAUCGAUCUCUUUAUUGAAUUUCAUGCAAAGGAAGCUCAUGUUUACUCGUUUGAGUCACCUUUAAGUUUUUUCAAGUUGUAUUCACCUGAAGAAAAUGCUGGAUUUGACGAUGAAUUAAGGAUCCUUGCUAAAAAACUACUUUCUGUAUGUAUAUCUUUGGGUGAAAAUCCAUUGAUCCGUUAUCAAAGAUCUCUUGAUUCCGAUCAUCCAACAAAGGCUUUACCUUAUAAAUUGGCGAUGUUGGUUCAGAAUGAAUUGGAUAGUUUCGUUAGGCUUAAUCCAGGUUUUCCUCCACAAGAUUCUACUCGUCCACGUGGUGUUUUAUUCAUUGUGGAUAGAACUAUUGAUAUGUAUAGUCCAAUUUUACAUGAAUUCACUUAUCAAGCAAUGGCUAAUGAUCUUUUGCCGAUUGAAGAUGGAAAGUAUAAUUAUAAUUAUACUGGUGAAGAUGGUUCUCAAGCAACAAAAGAGGCCAUACUUGAUGAGACAGAUAGCAUUUGGGUUGAAAUUAGACAUAAGCAUAUGAAGGAUUGUAUCGAUAAGCUUAUGAAAGAUUUUAAUGAGUUCUUGACUGAAAAUCAAGGAUUUGCCGAAAAAGAUAAGGCCGUCAAUUUAAAUGAUAUGAAGAAGAUGUUGGCAACCUUGCCACAAUUUCAAAAUAUGAAAGAAAAGUUUUCCGUACAUUUAAGUAUUGCACAAGAAUCUGAUGGAGUUCAUCCAAAGACUUUAGUUGAAGAUAUGGUUCCAUUAUUAGAUAAUCCUGUUGUGAGUUCAUUGAAUAAGACCAGAAUGCUUAUGUUAUAUAUUAUGUAUAAGAACGGUAUUCUUGAAGAAGAUAGACGUAAAUUGCUUGAGCAUGCAAGAAUUACAUUGGAAGAAAACGAUGCUAUAAACAAUUUGUUAUUAUUCGGAAUCAAAUUGAUUAGGGUUCAAUCAAGUUUAAAAAAGAACAAGAAAUAUCGACAAAAACCAAGUGAUGAUAUUCAAUACGAAAUUUCCCGUUAUAUUCCAAAAUUAAAACUUCUUUUGGAGAGCCAUAUUAAUGGUACUAUAGAUCACACCGCAUAUCCAUACACAAAGGAUCCAACGGGAGAUCCUGACGGGUUAAAAGGAACACAACAAGGACCUGUAUCGUUAAGAAGUGCAAGAGCUGGUUGGUAUAAGAAAGGUCAGGCGGUGGAAAAUCGGGUAGGAAGAAUAAUAGUUUUCGUUGCUGGUGGAGUUACAUAUUCUGAACUUCGUAGUUCUUAUGAAGUUAGUGCCAAAUUGUGUCGAGAUGUUGUUAUUGGAUCGACUCAUAUCAUUACACCUAACAAAUUUAUCGAUGAUUUAAAACAACUUUAUCGACCUCCCACGAGAAGUUACGCGAAGGCACCAGUGCAAGUUUCCUCGACACCACCACAGUUACCACCUCGUCCGGGUGCAACAACAAAUACAACGCCACCACCAUUUAACAGAUCAAAUUCGCCAUCAGGUUAUUUCCCAUCGCAACCUUCUUAUCAAACCCCACAAGCUGGAUAUCCACAACAAGGAUUUCCACCACAAGCAGCUUAUCAACAAAACGCAUAUUCAACUUCUGGAUAUCCGCAACCACCACAGAGUGGAGGUUACCCAUCACAAGGUCAAUAUCCAUUACCACCAUUACCACCAUCACAGCAACAUCAAUAUGGCCAUGUUCAAAAACCAACGUCUACUGGCUCAUCAGCUUCAUCCAAAUCUAAAAAACUUUUUGGUGGUUUAGAUAAAUUAUUGGGUUAA